AUGAGAAUUGUUACUUCAAUUAUAUUUUUUCUUUUAUUAUUUUUUGUAAAUUUGUUUUUCGUGAAAUCAAGAUUUAAGAAUAAUGAGCAUUAUAAUAUCCCAUUAAAUGUUUUAUUUAAUAAUGGAAAAAAUAUAAGAAAACGAUUAUGUCAUGAUUGUUUUUAUACAAACGAAGUUAACUUAAUAUAUAAAAGUUGUAAAGCCUUUGAAAAUGUGAAUUAUUCAAAAAUUAAUAAAUCAAAAAUUUUAAAUUUUAUUCAUUAUUCUCCAAAAAUAAUUAAGAAAUAUGUUUUAAUAAAAGCAAAUUAUAAAUUUGAUAUAUCAUCACUUAAAUAUAUUCAAAAUAUAAUUAAAGAUAAGUUCGAUAUUUUUCUAAAUGGAAUUAUAUUAAUGAAUAAGACUUAUAAUCGCCAUAAUAUUUUUUUUAAUUUUUUUAACUUUUUUAAGACUCUCCUUUUUCGAUUCAUAACCAUGUACCUUCUACAGAUACUCACAUCAUUUUGCUUAUUCCACUAUUUUAAUAUUAUUUCCCAAAAAACACAAUCACGCAUUUUGUAUAUUAGUGGGACGAAAUAUAUAUCAAGACUUAUUGGUUUUUUCCAGUUAAAUUUAGUGAAUUAUUAUAUUAAUGUGUUAAGCGAAGUUAUACAAUUAUUAUUAUUAAGAUUAUUAUUUAAUAAAUAUGAAACACAACUAAUUAAGACUAUAUUAUAUAAUAAUGCAGAUUAUUUUGUUAAUAAAUCUUUGAAAAAUAGUUAUGAAAUUAUGUAUCAAUGUGCAAAAAAACUUGUCAUAACCAAAUUUAAUAAAUUAAGUUUAUUUACCUUUAACUAUUUACGCUAUUUUGUUUUAACCAACCUCUUUUUCAAACUGUUUAACGGGAGCUAUAAUAAGUUUUCACCAAGCGAUGUGAAAAUGCCAGGAGUGUAUUCAAACCCAAGGAAAAGUAUUGAGAAAGAUAUGACAUAUGCUACAAAAAAAGAAAUAGAUAUAUUACGAAAUUAUUGUAAAGAAACUGGAUGUCAUACAUGCGGAUCAGUAUGUUAUGAUAAAUUUAUUGGAGAUCACCAACCACCAAUACAAGUGGUUAAAGAUACAAUUGAAUAUUACAAAAAAAAAAAAAUUCUUUUAUUUUUUUUAAAAUUAUUUAAAUUAUAUGAUACAAAACAAAGAUUAUAUCCUCAAUGUGUUAGAUGUUCUCAAUUACAAUCUGCUUCAGUUCGUUGUAAAAAAAUGAAAUUAAUUCCACAUUAUAACACUAUACGAAUAUUUCAUUUUUCUACAAUUUUUCAUUUAUUAUUAAAGAUGAUAUUAUUAACAAAAUGGAAAAAAAUUAUUUUUUGGGAUGGAGAUAAUGUAGACUAA